UUUUUCUCAAAUUACUUUAGAUUGUUUCUUCAACGCGACGCUGCACUUAUUAGAUUCGGCUUCUUUACGCUUAAAAGUUUGAUUUCAGUCGGAUAACGUCCUGAUUCAAUUCCUCUUAGCAGUUCAUUCCAUAUGUUCCAUUGGCAAUAAGAUUGAAACAACUUUAAACGAGUUGCAGACUGCGCUAGAUGCGAAUGAGAAUGAUAAUCAUGCUCUUUUUGCAAAUAUGGCCAAUGCUCUCUACAAAAUGGCUGCACGAAACAGGACAGUACUAGCCUUUUGCAGAGAGCUGCUAGCUCGGGCGAACAAGAGAUCGCGACAUGCCGAAUACGUAGUCGAUGAGCUACGGGUUGCCAUAUCCCUCGAAGAUGUCAGGGAGGUGUCAGCAAAAAUGAAGGAACUUAUGUUGUUAGACAGCGAUGAUCCAUAUGCCACACUUGCGGUGACAUUAUCAAAUCUCAUGUCUGGUAAACUGAAUGAUGCGUCGGAUCAGCUGACGUUCAUGAAGGAAGCAAAUCCUCAUGUUACCGAUUUCGCCAUCUACUACUUUGCAAGUGCAGUAAUCGCCAAAUACAAGGACAAUUCGUACGAGAACUUUAUGCAGAUGACAAAUGAUGCAAUUAUAGCUCAUUUCAACAAAAUACAGGUA